UGUGCAUGCAUGAAAUACCCCCCCAUAGACUCACACGCCGCGUCCCGCCCACCCUUGUCCUGACUCCCUAAUACUCUAGAGAAAGUGAUGCUCGCGCCUCUCCAUAGAUCCGCGCAUCACCACACCAUCCGACUAUUCUCGUCCCACCCGUUUAACCACAUUCUCCACUACGUCUCAUCACCAACAGCAACCCGCAGCAGUAGAAAAAGAGAUAUGUCGUCUGCUCCGCAGGUACGCGCGCAGUCAGAACAGCAGCAGCAGCGGGGGAGAAUGCGCAGAUUCGCGCCGUUGAAUCCGGAGGUGAGGGUGCGGCUCGGAAGUGGGGGAACAGCGCCGGAUUUGAAGGGCGUGGUGUUUGAUGUUGAUGGGACACUCUGCCUGCCACAGCACUACAUGUUCCAAGAGAUGCGGUCCGCCUUAGGCAUCGAUAAAUCCGUGGACAUCAUAACCCACAUUCGCGGCCUUCCCACCCAGGAAGAACGAACGGCCGCCGCAGCCAAGGUCCAAGCAAUCGAGCGCUCUGCGAUGGUUAAGCAGAAACCCCAGCCGGGCCUCACCCAACUCAUGGACUACCUCCACUCAAGAGGCAUGAAGCGAGCACUGUGUACGCGAAAUUUCGAGGCGCCGGUAACGCAUCUCCUGACAACACAUCUGCCCACGCAUGUAUUCACUCCGAUAGUAACUCGGGAUACUCCCGAUUUGAUGCCAAAGCCGGACCCAGCUGGUAUCUUGCACAUUGCGAAGGAAUGGGGGCUGGAGAAUGGAGCAGAUGACUUGAUUAUGGUCGGAGACAGCCUUGACGACAUGACAGCCGGCCAUAAAGCCGGAGCCGCCACCGUGCUCUUGGUUAACGACCGUAACCAGGCGCUGAAAGAACAUGACCACACGAAUCUGUGGAUAGAGCGCUUGGACGAUUUGAUUGACAUUUUGGAGAAUGGGUUUGUAUCUCCCGGGGAAGAUUAAGUAAUUUAAGGCUCGCGGUGACGGGUUCCCCUUUCCCCUCUGGCUUUCAUGCACUACUAGUUAACUACCCGUAACUUGCCAUAGAGACAAAUGAUGUAAAUAAAUAGCUACUGAGCAUAGAACUAAACAUGGCUUUA